AUGGCCCAUAAGCCCCCAGGCCAUGGCAGCAAGAGCCUUUUGCCCUGCAGCAACCUUGCCUGGCUGAGCUACGGCUGCCUGAAGCAGGAUCAGACGCUGAUCGCCGUCAACGCCAUCGGGGCGGCCCUGCAGACUCUCUACAUCCUGGUGUAUCUCUACUACAGCCCCAUGAAGCGCCCCAAGCUGCUGCAGACCCUGCUGCUCCUGGCUGUCCUGGUCACCGGCUACAGCUACUUCACCCUCCUGAUUGCCGAUCAGCAGACACGCCUGGCACAGCUGGGGCUCUUCUGCAGCAUCUUCACCAUCAGCAUGUACCUCUCACCACUGGCUGACCUGGCCAAGAUUGUCCGGAGCAAGUCGACGUGCUGCCUGUCCUUCCCCCUGACUGUCACCACCUUCCUGGCUUCCACCAGCUGGACACUCUACGGCCUGCAGCUCCACGACUCCUACAUCACGGUCCCCAACGUGCCAGGGAUCAUCACCAGCGUCGUGCGGUUCUGGCUCUUCUGGCGGUACCCGCCGGGCCAGGACAAGCCCUACAGACCCCUGCACACCUGAGGGGGGCCCCACUGCCCCCCGAGGAAGAAGCCCAUGUGCUUGUGGAUCGAUGAAGGAUUCCUCCCCCCAAGUCCCUCCUUGGUCCCCCUCGGCCUAUGGCCACCAGCUCCUGGCAGGACCAGGGCCCUAGGAGGGCACCUCCUGCCUCUCCCACCGUGGUUCACUGGGGCCGGGUCCCUCCAGCCCUCGGUGGUGGUUGGGUUGGUCUCUGUGAUGCCUUGGGGUGGUGGGAACCCCCCCACCCCAGUCCCUGGGGACCCUGCCUGUCCCUGGGGAUGGUCUUCCAUGCCCAUGGCUCUGCCCCAGUGCCGGGCUGGGGCUGCCAGGCAGCCCUGCGUCUCUUUUGUACAAAUUUAAGUGCCUUUUAAUAAAUCAGAGACUCUU